CGUUUGCUCUGCAGACGACGAUUAUCUUUCACCGAUCCGUUCUCAACAACGGUCCGGUCUGCUGCGGUCUGAGUGACUGCGAUCUGCGAGCGCAGUGUACCGGGUCGUGGGCAGUAACGCUAUUUUCAGUUACGAUCUGGGCCACCGUGAGGGCAACACCGUUCGAUAGGAGCCGGUCCUAUCUUACCGACCGCCGUCAAAGGAUUAGGAGCAGUUCAGUGCAAGUAUGGUAGUGUUGAAGUUCGUGGUGUUUCUCUAACCUGCCUAACCCAUAUGUGUGGAUUGAGAAUACAGGGAUGCAGUAGAUAAAGAAUCGACAGUGCUCUAGUGCUUGCGCUCGCGUGGUGAUGUGGGAAAAUGUGAAACCGCUGGCUGACAGAUAAUUUUGGUGAUCUCGAGAUCGUUUGCCGUGCCGAAUGGUGGUAGUGUAGUGUGUUCGCGGAUUCGCGCCCUCGAAAGUAGCUUACAAUGAAACACGAAAGUCAGCGGUGGUGAGCGUGCAGUUGCGAUCGAGCGUAGAAUAGUACAUGUGCGAAAUUAUAGAAUAGUUACGUGUUAGAAAUCGUCCACUGUAGUGCAAGUGUGUUUCGAAAAAGCGACAGAAAGAAUAGAAGAGGUGUGCUGAUCUCAGUGAUAGUGAUUAGUAGUUGGUGAUCGAGUUUGGUGGUGUACAAGCCGCGCACGAGUCGCCCACCAUGUCGACCACAUCGAUUUCCCGCGAAGAAGAGCGAAAGCCGCUGAUGGAGGAGUUUUACCGGCAGCGACGGAUACUGCUUGGCUGCACAAUCCUUAUCGGUGUGGCAGCCGUCAUAUGGAUUGUGGCCAUCUCCACCGAUCACUGGUUCAUCGUAACAGGUGGCCAAGGAAUCUUCAUACCGGAAACGAGACGAUACUUCAAAACGUCACACUCGGGCCUGUGGAAGAUUUGCCGUUACGGGGUCAUACCGGCCGUGAUGGCACAGUCGAACGCCACGCGCAACUUCACCACCCUGUCGUUCGUGAACGAGAAUCGCAUCGCGACGAUGCGCUCGUCCAUUGCGAAGGAACCGUACAUCAAGGAGUUUCUGAGCGGUGACCUGAAAACGGAAAACCUCACCGAGGUGGACGACACGUUCCGGCGGCAUCUGUUCGCGUCCUGGAUCGUUAACGAUGCGGACCGGUUCCGGGAGCUGAAGGAUCUGUUCCACGACAUUACCGGCAAGGUGCGGCAGCAGGACAAUGUCGCGGUGCAAAAGCUCAAAAAUCCACCGCUAAUGAUGCUCGACCCGACCGACCUGAACUCGGUGCGCGAAACGCUGAAGGAACCGGUGGCGGCCGUGCUGACCACCGUCACCAUCAACUCGACCGAUAUCAACGUGCUGAUGCCGAUCACACUGUCCGAGGCUCUGUUCGAUGACUGGGAGCAGCGGCCGGGCGUGAUUUAUUUACUUUGGAGCUUCGCCAAAGCGAUGAACAUCCCGCCGUACAUCGUCAGCCCAAAUGGCACCAAGUACAUCAUCCGGCCGCCGCUGCCGCCGAAGAAAGGGCGCAUCGGGAACGGUUACGAGUACACCCCCUUCAAAAAAUGUAAAUUCCACAAUCUUUUCCCAAGCGACGAAGAGAUACUCCAGGAUCCCGCUGUUGACGACGAACUGCUUGAGAAAGAUGAAGCUUUCUACAAUCCAGAGUUCCAGACCGAAGACUACAGCCGGACCGAAGCAUCGUUUGCGUGCAUUACAGUGUUUGUAAUGGUGAUGGGGUUCAUCUUUUCGAUCUACACGUUUUUAAACCCUCGGUACAUGUUCAAACGAUUGGCCGGCGGAAUACAUUUCAUAUCAGCGGCGACCAGUAUUGUCGUCAUACAGGUGUUGGUGGCUUCCGUGGAGUACGAGAAGGAAAACAUAUCCUACACGUUCCCGAAAGGUGCCAAAUACAGCUACGGCUAUGGAUUCUACCUGGCAUGGUUCGUCUUUCUGUCUAACAUCUACGCCGGCCUGAUGUUCAUGUGGUACUCGAAGAAAAGGAAAGGCAAUAAGGCAGCGACGGAAGAAUUGGGCAUGGCUGACGAACCUAUCAACAUUGGGCGAUAAGACUGUGGACCGUCGCCGUCGGAAGCGAGAAACGUGAAUUCGCCCAUCGAUACCAAAGACAGCGCGAGUGGGCCAGCCAUGCGAACGGCUAAUCAAGGAUCUUCUCCAGACGCCUUUAACGAAGCAACGCAGCAAGCACGACAGAAGCAUUAAGACAUUGUAUUUCUUUUUUUGUUAUAUUAUAUGCGAACAACUCCUUCUAUUAUUUUUUUGUUGUUGAGAUAAUUGUAUCGAUACUGUAUGUUUUGGCUUUUUUGUUAAUAUUUAACUGUUAAAUUAACCGUUACGAGGAUAAUAAAGAUAAGAAAAUCGA